CGUCGCGCCGUCAGUCUGCCGUAACGUGGCGGCGCUGCGCUCGUGUGUGUGCUGCAGGAGUGGCUUUGAACUGUCAUUGUUCAUGUAGUUUUCUGUGAUAAGAAUUUUAUUGUGAAAUUAUAGUUUAGCGAACUAAUUUAUACAUUUACGAUGUCGGCGUCGGGUGAAUUUGGUAAUCCUUUACGCAAGUUCAAGCUUGUUUUCCUUGGGGAACAGAGCGUGGGAAAAACUUCGCUCAUCACUAGGUUCAUGUAUGAUAGUUUUGACAACACUUAUCAGGCAACAAUUGGUAUUGAUUUCCUGUCGAAAACCAUGUACCUGGAGGACCGCACGGUGAGGCUGCAACUGUGGGACACGGCAGGACAGGAACGGUUCCGGUCUCUUAUACCUUCUUACAUCAGAGAUUCUACAGUCGCUGUUGUUGUCUAUGACAUUACCAAUGCGAAUUCAUUCCACCAAACGUCGAAGUGGAUCGACGAUGUGCGCACGGAACGCGGCUCGGACGUGAUCAUCAUGUUGGUGGGCAACAAGACGGACUUGUCGGACAAGCGGCAGGUGUCCACCGAGGACGGCGACAGGAAGGCCAAGGAGCUCAACGUCAUGUUCAUAGAGACCAGCGCUAAGGCUGGAUACAAUGUCAAACAGUUAUUCCGACGGGUGGCAGCUGCGCUUCCCGGUAUGGACUCCGCCGAGAGCAAGCCACCUGAAGACAUGCACGAGGUGAUCCUCCGACAAGCGCCCGGCGACAACAAGGAACCAGAUGGCGGAUGCGCGUGUUAACUCUUACCGCCUUAUCUAUACUAGAUAUCAGACUAUGCCAGGUACCAAGCAAUUUGUCGUCCUAGAACGCAAGGGGUGUUCAGAGGCGUCAAGGACAAAGAUACCGACAAAUAACUGAAGCAUGAUCUUGAUACGUGAUUUGCGUAGCAACAAUUUUGUUGUUCUCUGUCUUAGCUUCAUUGUCUAUGGUUUUGAUUUAGUUAUUUGCAGCUAACUGUACCGUUGGUUUAUAUUUAGUGAGUAUGUGUAGACGUGUUUGUGGCAGCAUACAGUUAUGCGGUUAAACAGAAAAUAAUUAUGACAGAAGUUUCAAGCUGUUAUGCGAAGUUCUUUAAAAACUAAACGAUCUCUAUAUUUGUAAUCAGAUUUAUUCACUACAUAAAUUUAUGUUUAAUCCAAAUAUAAUUUGGAUGUACACAUUAAAUUCCUUUGUCUAACUUCCGGUAACAUGUAAAAAUGGCGGCAAAUUAAGCGCGAAAAUGUUUUCAAGACAUUAUUUUUAGCUAUUAUAUUUAUGUUAUUUUUAAGUACCUAUGUAUUAUAGUAUAAAAAAUAAUGCUCAUGAUUGUCCACAUUUCGUCGAGCAUAUUUAAUUGGGCGAGCCUACGGCCGUCAUUUGGAAUAAUUUGGUAUUAGUAUAAAAAGUAGAGAAAUAAAAAUGUAUCCAGGACGACAAAGUGCAGUAACCGAUCUAAUUGUCAUGUGCUUUUGUGUGUGUUACGGUGAUAUUAGAUUUAAUGUACUUUCAAGUAGUUUCGAUUUAAUAUGAGUUGAUACAUUCUUUGAGUGUUUUCGUAAACAAUAAAUUACUUUAAUAAAAAUAUCGAAUACGUGUGCAAUAAAAAUACAAUUGUAUGUGUGCUUAUAUUCGUAUCGUUAAGGCGUCAGAGUUUAUUAUUGGAAUGUACGAUUUUGUACGAAGAUCGAUUCAAUUGCUAAUGGUUAUCGAUAUUUUUGAAAUGCGCAUUGAAUUUUUUUUUUUAUUUUAAUCUGUCGACUUCCAUUGUUAUUAUGGGACACAGGUUUACAAGAGCUCUUUAUUAUUAACAAUACUAAUUAAAAUAAUUAUAAUCGUAUAUAUUUUAUAUAGGCUUGUAUAUUACAUUCAUUUAAAUUUAGAAUCAAACAUUCCAAUGUGUAAAUUUUGGGUGCAACGAUUUUCAUUCGUAACAACCUGACAAAACUGAAUCUUAUUUCAACGACGUAAGGUCAAAUUUGAAUAGGUUUGAAACAAAUUUCACCUGUUUAAAUUCAACCUUAUUUCAAUUUUGUAGGGCUUAAUUUCGUCAAGUCUACAUCUCACAACCGUUACGAAUUUGUAAUUAAAGCACCAUAGUACCUAUUUCGCGCCUUUUUUCAUGAUGCAUCUUAUACACAAAAGCACGGUUCUCGCGUAGCGUUGCUGAUGUCAAGCUUGUAUUGUUUAGAGAUGAGGGAUCUAUCCCAGGGUUCACGUCUAAGACUGAAGCUCGACGUUACGCCAUCAGUAGAUUACUUUAAACUAAGCUUAGACUACACGCAUUAAUUGUUUUUAGGAUUUUGUAUCUCGAGGCGAAAAUGGAACCGUUCUGAUCACUUUGUGGUCGUCUCUCUUUUAUUUAAGACCUCGGUUUUUUUAAAGAAUGCAUACAGUUGAAUUGUUUUUGAUUUUCUGAUACCAAUUGACUAAGAUAAUUCAAAAUUGAUGCGUGUAUCCAUAUAAAUUACCUAUUUGUUCAUAAUAAAAACUGUAUAUUGUCAGGUGCUCAUAUUAAUUUUCUAAAAUUAUGUGGAUUUAAAAUUAUAUUUAACUUGAAGCCUGUCCAUAGGCGAUGUGUUGAUAUCGUAGUUUCUUUGGGUGUAUAGAGAUUGUUCAUACAGGUCAUACGGAUUGUAAUUAACUAUUUAUCACAAUGUAUUUAGUUUAAUUUAAUGUCACAGUCAAAGAUAACUUUCAUUUUAUACUCUGUACUAUUAAUACUCGCAUAAAAAGUGCGUGGUAUUUUCUCUUUUCAAAAUAAGCUUUUUAGCUAUAGAUUUUAUUUAAAUUUUUUUUUUUCGUAUUAAAUUUCAGAUGUGCAUAGGUACUAUUCCCAUCCAUUGCUGAGUAGUUAAUCAGUCCUCACAAAUUAUUAAUUAUUUAUUUUAAAAUGUUCGUAGUCUUGUACUGCAAUAAAUGUUAUAAUUUGUAUUUACCAGAGGGAGACUUUGUACAAAAGUCGAUUGCUUGGGUACCUCUGGCCCAUUCGUGUUUCAACCGUGAAGCAGUUGUGUUUGCAUAGCUGUGUUUCGGUUUGAACGGUGGGAUAUGGCGUGAAAUUACUGGGUACAGAGGAAUAACACCUGAGUCCUCAGGAAUGGCAACGCAUGGGGCGUAUCAUGGGUGAAACAGUAUACUCUGUUAUGUCUAUGGUACUGCUCAUGUAUAUAGGCGACGGUUAUCACUUUCCAUCAUGUGGACCGUCAGCUUGUUUGCAAUUCUAAGUUGUAUAAAAAAAAAAUUGAUCGAAGUCAGAACCAUAAGCAGACGAUUUGACUUGACAUAACUUGCCAUAUGCAAAAUUGAGCCAUCAAACACCUAAAUACAUUGUGGUUGGUACCAGUGGAGGGAUGUGAGCUACUGUUUGUUGUAUAUAGCACGACCGCGGUACAUUCUGCGUACACAUUUGCAGUUCUUUAUUUUCCAGUGUUGCUUAUGGUACACGCGAUAAAAAAGCAGUACGCUAUCGGUUUACGAUAGCUGUUUAUCACCAUGAUGUUUAUGGUGGUAUAAUAUUGAGAUGGAUUGAUACCGUUGAUGAAUAUGACGGAUCACCGAUUAUUCAUAAUUUCUUUUUUAUAAUUCGUACUAAUUAAACGAUUUCUUUAAUGGUGGGCCCGGUGGGGGGGGGGGGGGGGUCUUAUUUUCGUUUUAAAGUUUUUAUUUUCCUGAAUGAAUUUAUUAUUUUAUUUUAUUAGAAAAAGCGUUUAAAGCAAAAUAUAUCAAUAACUAAAUUGUAAUAAAUACACACGUAAAAAAAAAAACAAAAAAAAACUCCUUGGGCGACCCUUUACUAAUUUAUAUAUAUAAAAAAAAAAUGUACUUAAAUUUAUGUUAUAAACAUUGAGUUUAAAAAGGAAUGUAGAGGAAUACUAAUGAAUAUAAGUGAUCCAAUAACAUCAGCGCUUUCAUAUCAUAUGUCGAAUUAUGUAUUUACAUAAGUAAAAUGUAUGUAAAUAUUGCAAAUGUCUCUUAAAAUGUACCGCGGUCCAUGUAUAUUUAGUAUUAUUUAUUUAUUUAGUGCUUAAGAACGGAGUUUUUGAUACAUCUAUAAAGAAAUAGUGAGUUUUACACAGCUAGCUUCAGUAAUUGUAUUUACCGUACCCAUGCAAACCUCGCAAGUGUAGGCACUUGCAGUCCGACAUUCCGCUAUGUUCAUUAUAAUCAUUGCAAACAAUAUUUAAAAUGUUUUUCUAAUUUUUAUCAGUGAUAUUCGUUCUGCUGUCAAUUAAUAAUUAUACAGUUAAUAACUAAUUUAUAUUUAAAAAAUGCUUAUUUAAAAUAAAUUAUUUUUAUAACAUGA